AAUGUGGGAGCUGGUUGAAGGAAAACCGUGUAUCCUCUUUCUCUCCCCUCUGGCCUAGCGUUCAUGGAAAUUUCUUGCGGUUUUCCGGGAAAUGUGUUUGCUGUGAUUUUUCUGCGCUUAUUGAUGUCGGGAGCCAGGAAGGGAGGGAGUGGUUCCUGGGUAAUACCAUUAAUGGCUGGUAGUCUACGAAGGUUUUACCAGUGCUGUUUGUCUCGCUAAAUGAUUAGUUUUUCCUUACUCAUUGCCACCUUUCUUGUCUGACCCUCCUAAUCAGGUCAGUUAAGCAAGCUCUUACCUCAGAUCGUUCUGGAGUCUGUUGGAAGGUAAUGAGGAGUCGCAUGAAUAGGCCUGGCAGGUACCCUGAAGCAUUAAUAAUUUGAACUUGUACAUUCCCGGCGUGAUUAAUGUGCACAUGAGCCAUGAUUGACCUGUGGUCUCAUGACUGGACUGGAAUGUGCAAUUUUAGAAACAAAGGAUAUUAGAGAUGAAGAAGAAUUUCUGUUGGAGUUUUCUUAAUUGGACUCUUUGAAGGUUUGUCCAUUUUCUGAAUCCCUUACAGUGGAAUUCUUGUGGAGAUAAUAAGAAUAUCUUAAAUUUUGUUAUCUGGCAUCCUAUUAAUCAAAACUCUAUUAAGCAGACAGAAUAUUUCUGAAACCCGUGUGUGCUCUUUCGGUUAAUGACAUCACCUUCCUCAGACUUCACCUGGAUGCUGUCCGCUGUCACCUCAUUGAGUACGUGCCAGCUCUCAUCGUAAUUUCAGCUGAGCACCCUGGCAUCUCGUCCUGCCUGAUAGCCCUCCAGCUCAGCUCCCCAUCCCCCUUACCCAGACUCUUCCGUUUCCAGCCUCUCCCUCCUCCAGGAAGCUUGAUCUUUAGCAAGGACCACAGUGAGCGCGUCCUUGCUGUAAACCUACAAACGCUUUCUCUUGUCUACAGAAUAGAAUGCAAACUCCCCCAAAGUGGACUUGAAGCUGUCUCCGAGCUGACCCCAGGCUGUCCUACCCCCCUAUAUCCCCCGGUACUCCCUUGGGCUUCAGGUGGCACUCCAGCCGCAGCAGACUCGCCACGCUAGUUGCCCAACACAGCCUUCCUUCCCUGAUGCUCUUCCACUCAUUUCUGAUGCUCCGUCAGCCUGUGGUAACCCUCCACCUCAUCUCAGCCUGCCCACAUCCUCCCAUUGUCCUGAUUCAGCUCUAAUGCUCACUCCUCAGGGAAGUCUUUGCUGAUCUGCCCUUCAGAAUCAAUUUCUCCCCACCCCACCUCGGUGUUCGCACAGCACCUUGUUUACACCGACAUUAUAAAGCACUGUUGUUUUCUCCCUUUUGCCUGGUGCUUUAGAUAUUUGAGAUAGCCUCUCUCCUCCGUCAUACCCUCCAGAAUGCAGGAACGUUGUCUCACUGAGCUUUAUGUCAUUUUCAUUCCAUAACCCAGGACUUUCUAGGAGAUAAGUUUAAUUAAAAUGGCAGUGUUCAUUGGCAUACACACCAAUGACGUUUAGACAAUGCGGGGCCCUGCAUAAUUUGUGCCCAUCAUAAUUUUACUAAAUGAGAUAUAUUUCACAGUGUUCAAAAUCAUCCAUAAAUUCAGCAGAUACUUGUGGAGUAUCUGCCGUGUUCUGGGUUCUGGUAGGGACACACCAGUGAAAAAAAGCAGAAGGUCUCAGGUCUCUUGGAAGGAGAUCAAUCGUAAAAAAAAUAGACAAAUAAUUUUAGGUAGUGAAAUGUGCCACAAAGAGAACAAAGCAGCAUUUAAGGUAAGGGGGAGCUCUUUUGCACUGAGUGAUCAGAGAACCUCUGUGAGGUGAGGAAAUGACAUUUGAGCAGACCUAAAUAUUGAGAAAGAUGCAGCCAGGCAAAGACCUGAUGGAGCAGUUUCCCACUGAGGCAAAACAGGAAGCAUGCUUUGGUCUCAAGGCACGAAUGAGCUCAGCAUCUUUAAGGAAAGGAAGGAAUGUCCAGUAGUUGGAGGGUAGAGGACGGAUGGAGGAGGAGUGUGAGGUGAAGACAGAGAGGGAGAUGGCAGGUCAUAGAGGUGAAGGUAAGAAGUCUGGAUUGAAAUGUCGGUGGCUAACAUCUCCUGCGUUUGGAAACAGCAUCUGUAACAAAGUCAUGUGAUUAUGUCAAAUACUAGAAUUGACUACAUUUGGUUUUAUGGGUACUCCAAAUCCAAAUGGGAGUGUUCUGCAUGCAGAAAGUAAUAGAAUCAUAAGGUCACUGUUAGGCAUAUUAAAGGAUGCUGGUGUGUUCAUUCUUGAUGAAUUUUCUUAUAAACACAACUGUGACAAUUGCUUAGUCAAACUGUUGGAAUCCAUCAACCAUUCUCCACACCGUUUUGCCCAGUUUUUCCUGAUAUGUCUCACUCUUCUCUUCCAUAUACUCUCAGGCCACUGAGACAGUCACUUACUGAAUCUUGUCUUCACACGUCACACCGCUGAUUUGUGCAUGAGUCAUCUGAUUAGCUUAUCUGGCCAUCUGAUCUGCUUAGUACGGUUAUCCAGAAGAACUUGUCAGACUUUUUUGUAACCUCGUGCUUUUGGGAGACCUAAUCAUGGUAUGGGGGAAUGUAAUGGAAUCAUUGAAUCCCCAAACUCUAGAGCUUGAAGAAAAGGAAAUUUGAACAAUGACAUCCAUGGAGCACCUGUACUGUGUCGGGCAUUUUAUUGGGCAUAUGUAUACACUAUCCCAUUCAGUCUUCAUAAGCCUGUGAGCUUAUUAUCAGCUCAACUUUUUAGAAGCAGCGGUAGACUCAGAGGGAUCAGUAACAGUAUUGCAUACUUCUUUCUUGCAGGUCCAGUGAUCUUUUGACUGCCACAUAUGGACUCCCAAAAAUCUCCGAAGGAAACUGUCCUCAUUACCGGAGGAGGUGGCUAUUUUGGUUUCCGCCUGGGCUGUGCUUUGAACCAGAAGGGAAUCCAUGUGAUUCUGUUUGACAUCAAGAGCCCUACUCAGACCAUUCCAGAAGGAAUCAAGUUCAUACAUGGAGACAUUCGCCACCUCUCUGACAUAGAGAGAGCCUUCAAGGGGGAGGAUGUCACUUGUGUGUUCCACGUUGCUUCGUAUGGUAUGUCAGGGAAGGAGCAACUGGAUCGAAAGUUGAUUGAAGAAGUCAAUGUGGGGGGCACAGACAACGUGCUCCAGGCUUGCAGGAGGAGGGGGGUCCCAAGAUUAGUUUACACCAGCACUUUCAAUGUCAUCUUCGGAGGUCAAGUUAUCAGAAACGGAGAUGAAUCUCUGCCUUACCUACCUCUUCACCUCCAUCCUGAUCAUUACUCUCGGACCAAAUCUAUCGCAGAGAAGAAGGUGCUGGAGGCCAAUGGGACGGUCCUGGAAGGAAGCAAUCGUGUCUUGAGAACCUGUGCUCUAAGGCCGGCUGGCAUCUACGGGCCUGGAGAACAAAGGCACCUCCCCAGGAUAGUGAGCUACAUUGAGAGGGGCCUGUUCAAGUUUGUGUUUGGGGAUCCCAAGAGCCUGGUUGAAUUUGUCCAUGUGGAUAACUUGGUGCAGGCUCACAUUCUGGCCUCAGAGGCCCUGAAAGCUGACAAAGGCCACAUUGCCUCUGGACAGCCCUACUUCAUCUCAGAUGGCAGGCCUGUGAACAACUUUGAGUUCCUCCGGCCUUUGGUUGAGGGCCUGGGCUACCCCUUCCCAUCCGUCCGCCUGCCGUUGACCCUCAUCUACUGCUUUGCGUUCCUAACGGAGAUGGCCCACUUCAUCGUGGGUCGACUCUACAACUUCCAGCCCUUCCUCACCUGCACUGAAGUGUACAAAACUGGCGUCACACACUACUUUAGCCUGGAGAAGGCCAAGAAGGAGCUAGGUUAUGAGGCUCAGCCGUUUGACCUCCAGGAAGUGGUGGAGUGGUUUAAAGCCCGUGGUCAUGGCAGAAGUCCUGGGAAUGGUGACUCUGAGGCUCUUGUUUGGGUUGGGCUAUUGGUCUCACUCUUGGUUGUAGCACUUCUCACACGGCUGUCUUCUUCUGUGAUUCUGUCACUGUGAAGGAGGAGCUAAAAAUAAGGAGCUGAUCACAUUGGUUUGGAUGGUUUUCAAGAAACAUGGGUUUUAAAAGAUAGAUAUCUGAUGCCAAAUUUUGGCUCUUUAGAUUGCUGUUUAAGAAUAGGUUCUUGGACUAAGUCUUCAUUUCUUACCUCUUUGUACUAAUCCUGAUGGGAGAAAAAAGAGGCAAAGAUAAAUUGGGAAUUUGGGUUCUUGUGUCCUGCUCUAGAGGGCACAGUCUAAGUCAUUUGGGAGCCAUGGAGCUAAACUUAGAUUGGAAUUAUCUUACUUGAAUUUCUCAGAACCUAAAACUGUACUUAUUUCCAUUCCAUAGACUUUGCAUCUGCUUAAAGUGGACUAAAACCCACAUUGAUACAGGAAUGGCGAAACACUAACAGGCCUUGGGGCCGGCCCGGUGGCGCAGUGGUUUAAGUGUGCACGUUCUGCUUUGGCAGCCUGGGGUUCGCCAGUUCAGAUCCCAGGCGCAGACCUACGCACC